AUGCUAUCGCAGUUUCGAGGUGAUAAGUCCGCUUGGCCUGUUUAUCUGUCAAUUGGCAACAUUGCCAAAGAGAAACGACGGUACUUACCUGCGACGAAACUCGAUUGUUUCACGUCUGAUGCGCAAUCCCUCACUGGAUACCAAUUGUUCCACCACUGUCUGUCGCUGCUGCUGGAGCUGCUCAUUGCAGCCAGUCAGGAUGGUGUAGACAUGGUUUGCGCUGACUCGUUCAUUCGACUGAGUGAUUUUCCUGAGCAGUGUCUCGUUGCUUGCUGCAAAGAAAACCGAUGCCCUAAGUGCUUGGUGGCAGCCGAUGAGCGUGGUGAUCCGCUAAAUUCACUGAUCCGAGACCCGAAGCUGACAAAGGAGAUACUAGAGAGAUGGAGGAGUGGUCAGCACCCAGUAGAAUUUGAUGAGUAUGGACUGAGGCCGGUGUAUAAACCUUUCUGGGCCAACUUACCACACACCAACAUUUUUUUGGCAUUCACGCCAGAUCUCCUCCACCAACUCCACAAAGGGGUCUUCAAAGACCAUCUUGUCAAAUGGUGCCUCGACAUUGUGGGAGAAACCGAAAUUGAUGCUCGCUUCAAGGCCAUUCCAGACUAUCCUGGUCUCCGUCAUUUUAAAAAAGCUGCUUUGAUUCACAGUCGAGUUGUCAUUGUCACACGGGCCUUACUGGAUUUUUGCUAUUACGCACGACUUCAUACACAUACGAGUGAAUCUCUGGACGGUCUGGAGAAUGCCCUCGCCAUUUUUCACACUCACAAGGAUGUGUUACAGGAGCUCACAGUGCAUGAACACUUCAACAUCCCAAAGCUACAUCAAUUGUCUCACUAUGUACAAUCAAUCAAACUAUUCGGAGCUGCAGAUGGAUUCAACACCGAACUUCCCGAGCGCCUCCACAUCAACUUUGCUAAAGAGGCUUACCACGCAAGAUAUCAUUCAUGUUCUGGCGAAGACUGCCCCACAUCCUCAGUCGAUCUGUUCAACAUCUCGAAACCAUGCAUGGUGCCGUUCAAUUUCCUGCCCGCUCUCACAUUAUUUUUACAGAAGCAUUUGCCACACAAUCAUAGCAUUGUGCCUGGUCCCCAAGAUCGUUUUGACACUUUUCAUCAAGUAGUUGUCAUCCUUCCCCCCGACCCUUGUGUGUCCGAGUUGCCAAUGCUUCCUUCGUCUUCUGGACGGAAGCCAGGUUCCCCCAAUCGAUUCGACAUGGCACUGGUUAGCAGUGAUGGCGUCCAAGCAUCGAAGGCACUACUCAUGCUGAAUGCUGCUGUCCGAGUUGCGCAGGUCCGUGUGUUGUUCAGGCUGCCUCGUCAAUUUGGCGUGUACCCGCGACCCCUUGCAUACGUUGAAUGGUUUACCCUGUUCAGAGAGCCAGACGAGUCGUCUGGUCUGCGUCUAAUAUCUCGUUCAACUCGUCACUUGCGACGGAAUUCGGCCGUGAUUCAUGUUGACGAGAUUAUUCGUCCAUGUCACCUCAUACCCAAGAUGGGUCAAUUGGUCAAUCCUACGUGGACGAGCGCGAAUGUGUAUGAGUUGGCAAGUGAAUUUUACUUAAAUCCAUUCAUUGACCUUGAGACUUUUUGUAUGUCCACUACGAGUACUUAG